AUGGGUGGAAUGUACGGCCUCCACCAAUUCCGCAAACUCGGUCUAUCCGUCAAACUCUUCGAAGCAGGCUCCAACUUUGGCGGCACUUGGUUCUGGAACAAGUACCCAGGAGCACGCGUCGACAGCGAGACACCGUACUACGGCUUGUCCAUCCCGGAAGUAUACAAGACUUGGACAUACAGCGAACGCUUCCCAGGCCACCAAGAGUUACGAAAGUACUUCGCCCACGUUGACAAAACACUCGACCUCCGCAAAGACGCCUUCUUCAACACCAUCGUCACAGAAGCCCGAUUCAUCGACGAGGAAAGCCAAUGGCACAUCAAGACCGAUGACGGCGGCCUCGCCAAAGCGAAGUACCUGGUCCUAGCGACAGGGUCAUCCUAUAAGAAACAUUUCCCUUCUUUCAAGAACCUCGACGAAUACCGCGGCCGCCUCAUACACUCCGCUCUCUACCCCGAAGACGGCAUCAACGUCACCGGCAAGAAAGUCGGCGUCGUCGGUUCUGGGGCCACAGGCGUACAAAUCGUCCAAGAACUCGCGCGCGAAGACUGCCAACUCACAGCAUUCAUCCGUACCCCCAACGUUGCGUUACCAAUGCACCAGCGUAAACUUACCAAGGAGGAACAAGAUCACGCAAAAUCCUUCUACCAAGCAUACUACGAAUCCGCGAAACAAUGUCGUUCAGGGUUUCCCUAUAACCCAGCUCCCAAGACGUUCUUCGACGCCAGCCCCGAAGAGCGCAAAGAAUACUGGGAAGACCUAUGGCAACGCGGCGGUUUUGCCUUCUUGAUCAGUAAUUACCGCGAAUUCUUGGUUGACAAAGACGUCAACCGCGAGUUCUAUGCGUUUUGGGCGGAAAAAGUCCGCUCACGCAUAAACAAUCCCCAAAAACGUGAUGUUCUUGCACCACUGAAACAAGGACACUGGUUCGGCACGAAACGUCCCAGUCUCGAGCAGGAUUACUACGAGAUGAUUGACCGGGACAAUGUGACUGUCGUCGAUCUGAACAAGACACCAAUCCAGGAAUUCGAUGAGCAAGGCAUUCGUACAGAGGAUGGCAAAUUACAUGAAUUCGACAUCAUUAUCCUAGCGACAGGCUACGACGCAGUAACAGGAAGUCUCCUGGACAUUGGCCUCGUGGACCGCGACGGCAAGCCGUUGAGCGAGAAAUGGAAAACUGGCACAUAUACUUACCUAGGGCUCAUGAUCGACCGCAUGCCUAACAUGUUCAUGGUGUACUCUCCUCAGGCGCCGACAAGUCUGUCCAAUGGUCCGCCGAUCAUCGAGAUACAGAUCGACUGGAUUGCUGCCGCCAUCAAAAAGAUGCAAGAGGAGGGUGUGAAGAGCAUUGAUCCGCAGUUUGAAGCCUCGAAAAAGUGGAGGGAGGAUAUCCAGAGUAUGAAUGAUAAGACGUUGUACCCGGAGACAAAUUCGUGGUAUAUGGGUGCUAAUGUACCUGGAAAGCCGAGAGAGCAGUUGAUUUAUCUCGAGGGAGUGGAUGAGUAUAAUAAGGUCACUGCCGCGGCGUUGAAUCGGUGGGACGGGUUUGAUGUCCAGAAGGAGUGA